ACUGGCACUAUCAGGUUUGCAUUUAGAGAAGAAGAGAGAGCCGUUAAGAACAGAGUUGCUGCUGCAGAAGGUUACUUUAUUCUCUCCAUCUUCAUUGUGUUCGUGUUUGUUUUUUCAGUGAAAAUCAGAGUUAAAGCUUGACGGAUCUUAAGACGGCGAGGGGGUUCUAAGGAAAUCGAUUUGCCUUCUGAGUGAAUAGCAAAGCAACAUUUUAAAUAUGCAGACAGCAAAAACAAGUAGGAACUCAACAACAACAACAGAGACACCACCACCACAAAGAACAUCUCCUUCGAAAGUGAAAGCUGCCCGUCAGCUGAAGAUUUCUGGGCCUGAUUCAGAUGGAGGAGGAGGUGGAGGAGGAGUCCCCUCUCCAAACCAAGCAAGCAAGAAACCGAAAGAAGGCAGUCCUAGAAUCAUUGACCGCAAGUCACCCAGAACCCCAACAUCAUUGGGUGUUGUUGCUACAGAAAAGAAACGGUUAACCAAGGUCUCUGAACUAGAAUCUCAGCUUUCUCAGAUCCAAGAGGAACUCAAGAAAGCUAAAGACCAGCUGAAUGCCUCUGAAUCGACGAAGAAACAAGCACAGCAAGAUGCUGAAGAUGCCAAGAAGCAGUUAGAGGAUCUUUCCACUUCAGAAGAAGCCCGGAUCCAAGAACUCAGAAAGGUCUCACAGGAAAGAGAUCAAGCAUGGCAGUCCGAACUAGAGGCAAUCCAGAAGCAAUAUUCAAUGGAUUCCGAAGCUCUGAGUUCUUCACUAAACGAGAUUCAGAAGCUGAAGCUCCAGCUGGAAAAGGUUUCUGAAUCCGAAGCUUCCCACGCUAGAAAUGCAGAAUCCGCUCAUGCAGAUAUUCAGAAUUUAAGACACGAGCUAACCGAAACACUUGCCCUAGUGGAGAAAUUGAAAACCCAGAUCAAUAAUCUAAACGAAUCUGAAGAUCAGGCAUUGGAGUUACUUAACAGGACCCAGAUGCAGCUUGAAAUCGCAAAGACCACAGAAGAAACUCUCAGGUCUGAAAACGAUCUAACUGUGGAGGCUCUCAAAGCCUUAUCGCUACAGUUUGAUCAGUCGAAAGCUCGAGUAAAUUCAUUGGAGGAGCUCGUUACUAAACUUCAGGCUGACAAUAUUCCCAAAGAGGAGGAGGAUGAUAAGGAUACAAACCAGCUGGAAAACGAGUUUAAUGAGGCCAAAACUGAUUUGAACCAACUAAAAACUGCUCUGGAUGUGGCGGAUGAUAAGGAUACAAACCAGCUGGAAAACGAGUUUAAUGAGGCCAAAACUGAAUUGAACCAAUUAAGAACUGCUCUGGAUGUGGCGGAGAGAAGAUACCAAGAGGAGUAUAUUCAGAGUACUCUACAGAUCAGAAGCGCUUAUGAACUAGUUGAAAAAAUGAAAUCAGAGUCAAGCAUGCGAGAGGCUGAGUUGGAGGAGAAGCUGAAGAAGGAAAAUACUGAAGUUGAAGAGAAUAUAGAGAAAGACCCAAUUAGCGAGACAGAAUCAAACAUGGAAAGGGAGCUGAAGAAACUCGGGCUAGAAAUGGAAGAUUUGAAGGCAAGUUUGAUGGACAAAGAAACCGAGUUACAGAUCAUAAUGGAGGAAAACGAGACCCUGAAGAGAGAAAUAGAUGGAAAUAAGUCAAACAACGAGGCACUUGCUUUGGCAGAAGCUGGAAAGGCUUCAGAAAGAGAUGGGCUGAUGAUAAAGGUAGGAUCUUUGGCUGAGGAAGCAGAUAAGAGCAAUCGAAAGGCUGCUCGAACUAUCGAACAACUUGAGGCAACUCAGGUGGCUAAUUUAGAGUUGGAAGCAGAGUUGAGGAAGUUAAAGGUGCAGUCUGACCAGUGGAGGAAGGCAGCAGAGGCAGCUGCUGCUAUGAUUUCAUCAACUGGAAACAAUGGAAGAUUCGUGGAGAGAACAGGAUCCUUAAACAGCAAUUACAACAACAACAGUAUUGGAAGUGGGAAGAAGAUGGGGUCGCCGAACUAUGAGGAGGAAAUGGAGGAUGAGUCGCCUAAGAAGAAGAAUGGAAACAUGUUGAAGAAAAUUGGUGUCUUGUUGAAGAAAGGCAGCAUAAAAUAGGGACAAGUAUCCUUUUUUGUCAUUUAUAUUGUUUGUUAUGUAUUCUCCUGAAGUGGAUUCUGCAUUGUUAUUUCUUCUUUUUCUUAUUUUUGUUAUCAAUCAGGUUGGGCUGUUUUGGUUUAAGAGAUGAUGAUGAUGAAUUGAUGAUCAUGUAUAGUUAGUUUAUCUCUGUAUGUAUGUAUGACAGCAGGUUUUGCUGAACAAUGCACUUCUUUCUGUUGUAUUUUCUUA